AUGGGCCAUACAUGGUUUGGCCCGUGUGGCGACGACCUACGGGUGGACAGCUUGAUUUGCCAAUUGAUCUUCUUGAUGGACCGAAUUUGGCUUUCUAACGGUCUCGACCUCCGAAUGAUCCACUUUCGUAUUCUUCCAACGGACGAUCGGCAAGGAUUUAUUGAGUUGAUUUCAGAGUGCUCCACUCUCCGGCAAAUCCAGCAGGAGGUUGGUGGAUUAACUGGAGUCUUUAAGGAUUCAGUAAUCACACGUUGGCUACAAUCACAAAACACCACUGAGCUGGAUUAUGGACGAGUAAGCAUCGCGGAUGACACAUAA